AUGCAACAAGAGGCCGCCGUGAAUAAAGCACCGCCACAAUCUAAUAUACCAGCAAACACAACCACGAGCACGAUUUCCGAUAAUAGUAAUAAUCAGCAGAAAAUUAAUAGGGCGAGGGCUCAAAUUAAAAGUAAUUCAUCGUUUUCUCCAAUUGCAUCUUCGCGCUCAUCCCCCAUGUCAAACAAUAGUUCCUCAAUGGCGCUACUUUCGCCGCCUUCCUCCAGAUACGCGUUUGAGCCUGCGCUCACCACUGCGGCAAUUCCUCCGAUUUCGUCCGUACUGAUGGAGGAUGCGGAUAGCGCACUCUCAGCGAAAAGCAUUCUCUCGAGCCCGAAGCAUGUCACCGCGGUCGGCGCAGGCACGCCAGCGCAUGACUACAGCGCCAGCGCAUCAAGCGUACCACCCUUGCGCGAGCGUAAGCCUGCGCUCAGCGACGGUAUCCCUGCCUUCCAGCCCAACACAGGUGCAAAACUUCAAACUUUCAGCAUGGACUUGGCCUCCUUUUCACGCUGGAUAUCUGACAUGAAACCAGACCAGCAGAAAACGGUUGCGGAUGUAUUUCUCAGCGCUGUUUCUCCGCUUGUUGUUUCGUACAUCCACGAAAGAAGCGCAGGCGGUUCUGGCGCAGUUUCUGAUGCGCUCAGCUUUUCUUCUCCCAUUAGUAACUGUGCUGUGCCUGCGCCGGAGCGCCCGAUCUCGCCGCUCGUCAUGCUUAAUGGGGAUUCCAUUUCCCAGGCCAGUGCACGCAUGUCCGCCAAUGCGCCGCUCUUCUCAUCCGCUGCGCGCACGCACAACCCUGGCGCCGCAGGCCCCUCGCACGCUGCCCAAGGUGGCGCAGCAGCGCCUGCUGCUUCCGUUCCGGUUGUUUCACCAGCUUUAGGCUCUCCUAUUCUCGGAAUGAGUUCUGACCCGGUUGCCAGACCUCGUUCCGCAGGCCCGCUUUCAUACAUUGCGGGAGACGCGUCGAUGGAUGCGCGCCAGGCGGCAUAUCUAGGCGGUCAGAGCCAGCAGCAGGCGCCAGCACCAUCCGCCAUUGGCGCAUACGGUGCCAACUCUGCAUUAAGUGCGCAGCCGCUUUUCAGGGUCUUCUCAUCCGAUUUGGACAAUUCCGGCUACCAGCAUAGGGCAAGGGACUUCUUCUCGGAUGAUUUGCAGCGGGGCAUGCGCCUGCCUGCGUUAGCAAAUCAAUUAGAAAUGAGCAAGACUCAGUUCCAGCCGGAUGGCGCGCAUAGCGCUGCCGCCGCGCAGCAAUUUGGGCUAACUUCUGCAACAGACUUUGCGGGCCAGAAUGCGCUCAAGCUCAACCAGUCAUUGAGCACGAUGGCGCGCAAGCCACAGCAUGCGCAGCAGCCGCAUGCGCAUCAUGCCCACCACGCUGGUAAGCCCGGCGCCGAGAGUUCGGCCACGAGUGCAGGCGCUGGAUCUGCAGCUCGGGCGCAGCAGCAGCCAACCAGCGCGGGAGGGCGCACGGCGCCAUGCGGGGAUCCGCAGCGCAGGACCUCUAGAAACGUGUCGGGACACGUCUCCGGAUCCAUCUCACCUCCAUCUGUCGUCAAAUCGGCUUCUCCAGAGGACAUUGCCUCACGCAAUCUCCUUGUUGAUAUUCCCCUUUGGCUUAAAACCCUCCGUUUACACAAAUAUACAGACAACUUGAAGGACUUGAAGUGGCAAGAUAUGAUCAACUUGGACGACCAGCAGUUGGAAAAGCUUGGUGUGAGCACUCUGGGUGCCAGAAACAAGCUCUUGAAAUCUUUCGCAUACGAUGGCUUCUUUAUUCUUAUCCUAGACAAGCCGUUGCAGGAAAAUGCUUACUCCACAGAUCAGGAAACUUUCCAUAAGAGUUUGUCAACAACUUUCCCCAGUGCUCAUAUCGAGAUUUUUGCGGAUAAACUGCAGCUUCUCAACCGCCUCAUUCGCAAUAAGAACUACAUACUUAAAACAAGUACGGCGAAUACAAGGACAAGAAAGCGGCAGGCACUAUGCAUACCAAACGACAAAGAGGAGGAAGUAUCGUAUCCAGUUGUUAUAAUGAUAAAUUCAGUUUCUAUAGAUGGAUUUGGCGUGCUCUCGGACCUCGUGGAGACCCAUUUCAGAUACCUCAAUCCGGUAAUUCGAAGCUUUGAUUUUUCCGGCUCGGAUUCCGUGGUGUCGGAAGACAUCUCCAGCUUGAUGGAUAAGAUUUCCACUUCUUUACAUGAUAGAGUGAGUCGGAUGGAGUCCUGGACGGGCCUAAAAGAUGCUUUUUUUAAUAGUACCUUCAACUCAAUGUCGAAACUCAUCAGAUUCCCAUCAAAGGUAUCAGACUUGUCUGCAAACUUUGACUUUCUAGCCUCAAAAGUGGACUACCUCGAACCUUUACGCAAUUUAGAGAACGCAAACGGUAAGCAGUAUUACAAAAAUGCAUGCCGAAGCUGGGACUUUGAUGCAUACAGCUUUACGCUUGACGAGUUGCUCUACAUCGCAUAUAUCAUCUUGUUGGAGCCGUUUUUGGAGUGUGUCAAUUACAGAAAGUCCAAAUACUCCAAAAAACUAUUGAUGAAUCGCCUGGCUGCCUUUCUUUUUUACAUUAGGGACAGCUAUCACUCAGAAAAUCCAUUCCAUAAUUUCCGUCAUGCUGUCGAUGUCCUUCAGGCCACGAAUCACUUCUUGAAGCGAAUAGCAACCCCAGAUUCUCUGUCUGCACACAAAUUCCCGCUUCAGUUCACAUUCUCAGAACAGUUCGCAUUGUUGCUUGCUGCCCUAGGUCAUGAUAUGGGUCACCCGGCCGUUACAAACAAAGUGUUGUCCGAAUCUCAUUCCACAAUUGCAGCAUUGUUUCACGAUGAAUCCAUUCUUGAAAAUUUCCACCAAUCAGAGUUUAGAAAUGCUUGCUCCGCGUUUCUGCACAUCAACGGAAAGCAUAUUUUAAGCGAUGAAACUUGGAACUUGAUGGACUUGCUGAUAGAAUCGUCUAUUUUAGCCACAGAUAUGGCAAAACACGAUGAAUACAUGCGCCACAUGGACAAAUUCGAUCCGAGGGGUAUCCUGAAAGAGGAGAGAAUGGAAAAUAUACAUUUCUUGGCCUCGCUAGUUAUAAAAAGUGCCGAUAUAUCCAACGUUUGCAGACCUUUGCAAACGAGUGUAAAAUGGGCGUUAAGUCUAGGCCAAGAGUUUGCAGAAGUUGGAAAAUUCGAGCAGGUUGUGGUAUACGGAAGUAAGGAUAGAACGAUAAAAAAACUACCGUUUGAAAUAUCACAAAUUGAUGCCGAUGGUGCUGUAGAGAAGGUUCCAGGCCUUUCAGCAUCGGAAAUGUUCUUUAUCAAUCGGUUUGCAAGCGAGUUCUUUUUGAAAAUAGGUAAUGUUGUUCCCCCAUUGUUGUUCUUGCACAGCCAGCUGAUUGAAAAUACCGGAUUUUGGGUUGCUGAUGAGGAGAAGAAGGCUGCAAUUGCGAAAUGUGUCUGA